AGCAAAUUGGGCGACCUUAUCGUCGUCGAUUGCUCGCUCGGAAUCAAACUUUUUCUUGUCCUAAUACUCUAAUAGUAGCUCAAUCCACGUGCUCAAACAUCAAACUAUUUUCAAAGCAAUUCCGAGAUAGGAUCCUUGCUCCGCCGUGCAAUUCUCUUCACUAGAAAACUCUGCAAUUACAAUGGAGGAAGAGAAGGCAGAGAAACCCUCCGUCUGCGUCACCGGCGCCAACGGCUUCAUCGGGUCCUGGCUAAUCAAGACGCUGCUCGACCGCGGCUACACCGCCAUCCACGCCGCCGUCCUCCCCGGCUCAGAUCCGUCCCACCUAUUCCGCCUGCCCGGCGCAUCCGGCCCCGGCGUGCGCCUGGUGGUGCACGAGGCCAACGUUCUCGACGCCGACGCGGUGUCACGCGCCGUUGAGGGUUGCGGCGGCGUGUUCCACGUGGCGUCGCCGUGCACGCUGGAGGACCCCGUGGACCCGCAGAAGGAGCUGAUUGAGCCCGCGGUGGAUGGGACUCUCAACGUGCUCGCGGCGGCGAAGAGGUUCGGCGUGCGGCGCGUGGUUCUCACGUCAUCGAUCUCCGCCCUGGUGCCCAAUCUGGCCUGGCCGAGCCACAAAGUCUUCGAUGAGUCGUCUUGGACUGACCUCGAUUUUUGCAAGUCUCGCCAGGAAUGGUAUCCCAUAUCAAAGACGCUUGCUGAGAAAGCCGCGUGGGAGUUUGCGAAGCAGAACGGACUAGACGUGGUAGCCAUCAACCCGGCUACAUGUCUCGGCGAACUUUUGCAGCCCGGAUUGAAUGCGAGUUGUGCUGUUUUGGCACAGCUUCUCAAAGGGUCAGAAGAGACACAUGAGUGCCACUGGCUGGGGGCUGUUCAUGUCAAAGAUGUGGCCAAGGCUCAAAUCUUGCUGUUUGAGACCCCCAAUGCUUCUGGGAGGUACUUGUGUACCAAUGGCAUUUAUCAGUUUGGUGAUUUUGCUGAGAGGGUUUCAAGACUCUUUCCUGAGUUCCCUGUCCACAGGUUUUCGGGGGAAACUCAACCCGGUUUGGUGGCUUGUGAAGAUGCUGCAAGAAGACUGAUAUCUUUAGGGAUGGUUUUUACACCAGUCGAAGACGCUGUUCGGGACACGGUGGAAAGCCUUAGAGCAAAUGGUCAUCUGCCACCGCGAAACUCGCCAUCUUAGGAGCCUUUUUUCGUGCCCCAAGUUCGCCCAUGUAUGGUAUGUACUGUGUAUGUAUUUAACCAACCCACUCCAAAGAAGAAUGCAUAACUUACCUUUAUAUAGAGGAGCUAGUACAAAGUUGUUUAUCUAUUCAAAAUGCAUUACUUGAAUAAUGUAUGUAUACUUGGUUUUCCACAUUUACGAAAAUACGGGGCAUUAUUAGCACAUUUAUGCCAUGUUUGGUGAGCUAAAAAGCUAUGGGCUUCAAUAUCUC